UUGAUAAUUAUAAUAUUCCAAUCUUUAUUUUUGAUUUAAGUAAUACGUAUUACUGCAAUACGAUGAACGUUGUUCAUCGAGAUACGCACAGUAGUAAAAUAAAACAAAGAUUUAAAAAUGAACUUGUUAGAAAAGAUGCAUCUAUAGGCAUCCGAGGUGGUAUUGCAAUUUUACCACCAAAUAAGGUACCCCGAUAUCAGUUUAAUGCUGAAGAAAGAAUUCAGAUUUCAAAGCGAAACAAAAUGGGACCACCGGAAAGUCUACCGCGAGGUUUGAAACGAAAGUUAACAUAUAAUUCAAGUUCUGUGAGACCGGAUUCGUCGUCAAGUGGUCAAGCGCGGUCGAGGGUACUAGCAAGCGAUUCCGGAGCUGCGGAUACUUCCCUAGACUUUGUAACACUGAAAGGCAGACCAGCGGCUAUUAGAUAUAUAAGCAGUAGUAGUAAAGGUGGUUACAGUGGUAAUAAGUCUGCACGCUCAACAUCCGCCUCUGUAGUGGAGGCUGCCGUUAUUUUAGCAAUUUCUGAAGGUAGAGGUAUGGCUCGAGGUGAAAUAGGCAUGGCGGCGGUUGACCUCAAGCAUCCUCAUCUCGUACUCUGUCAGUUCAGUGACACACUACUAUAUACACACACUAUGACUAAGAUCAAUUACUUCAAUCCUGUUGAGAUUAUAGUCCCGCAUACGUUCUGUGAAGGUACACACCCAAAUCAGCUAUACAAAUUAAUCAAGGAUCAUUAUCCGCUGGUCAAUUUGACUACAGUCCAAAGAAGGCACUUCAAUGAUGCAGCCGGUCGCCAACAAAUACACACCCUUUGUGCCCCACAGUACAGUGCAGUUUGCUUGCAAGUGGUUCAGAAGUUCUAUGCUCUAACAUCAGCUGCAGCAGUAUUGAAAUACGUCGAAUACAUCCAAUGUAUUGUGUUCGCUAGAGAAUCAUUAAAAAUCGAAUACCACUCUUCAGAGGAUACCAUGAUCAUCGAUGUAGGCACAGCUACUCAAUUAGAACUAGUUCAACCACUAGUACCGUCAGCCGGGCCGUCGUGUUGCUUGCUUGGUGUAUUAGGACCUACUUAUACAGUCGGAGGUAUAAGGUCAUUGAGAGCCAAUAUAUUACAACCUUCUUGCGACAAAGAUUUCAUUGAAGCUAGAUUAGAUGCUGUACAGGAAUUAAUUGAGAACGACACAGGUUUGAUGGUUGAUUUGCAGGACAUAAUAAAAAAGCUAUCCGAAAUUGACAAAAUAUUAUUUCUCUGUAUGGAGCCUCCGAACUUUAAUAUGGAGAGAUUUGGUGAGGCGCAAUUAAACCAAACACUGCUUUUGAAAACAACAAUGGAGAUGGUGCCAAAGUUAGAAGAAGCUCUAAGAACAGCGGAAAGUGGCAGGUUAAGGAAAAUAAAAAUGGAUUUCGAAAAUUCUCGUUACAAAGAAAUUUACGAACGAAUUCGUAAAAUUAUACAAGACGAUGCACAUUUAGAAAAAGGUGCCAUGGGCAGCUUGCAAAGAUGCUUCGCUGUUAGACCCGAAAUAAACGGCCUUCUAGAUGUUGCUAGAAGAACGUAUUCUGAAUUAAUUGAUGACAUACAGAAGGUUGUCGAAGAACUUAGUGAAUCUCACGACUUGCCUCUCAGACUAAAUCAAAACGUAAUGAAAGGAUUCCACAUAGUUUUACCUGUUGCUCCCAAGAACAGAAGAGACUUUAAUGUAGAAGAUUUACCAGAUAUAUUUAUUCAGGUACACUUUAACGGGGCAAGCGUUACGAUGACUACAGAAGAACUUGUAGUCCUGGAUCAGCAAGCUAAAGAAUCGCUCAAUGAAAUACAGAAAAUGAGUAACAUAGUAAUAUCGGAAUUGCUUAAAGAAUUACGUCCUUUUAUGUCAAGUCUUUACAAACUAUGCGAGAAUGUUGCCGAGCUGGAUAUCUUAAUAGCUUUAGCUCAAACCAGUUCAAUAGGUUCUUAUAUAAGACCUGACUUCAAUUCUUACUUGGAAGUAAGAAACUCCGUACACCCACUCCUGGACUAUAACAGUCAAAAAAUGCCUGUACCGAAUGACAUAUUUGCCAGCCCUGAAUACAACUUUACUAUAAUAACAGGGCCUAAUAUGGGCGGCAAAAGUAUUUAUAUUAAACAAAUUGCUAUUAUACAGAUUAUGGCGCAGUUGGGAAGCUUCGUACCUGCAACGAACGCGGUGUUGAGACUUUGCGAUCGUAUCUUCUCUAGGAUAGGGUUCAACGAUAGUGUUGAAUUUAAUGCCUCUACAUACGUUAUUGAGAUGAAGGAAACCCAACACAUCCUUGCUGGACUGACACCGACUAGUCUUGUUAUCAUAGAUGAAUUGUGCAGGGGAACAUGCUCCGACGAAGGAACUAGCUUAGCUUGGGUUGUUUGCGAAGAAUUAAUAAAGAGCCAGGCGUUUACAUUUUUUGUUACUCACUUUUUGUAUUUGACGAGACUGCAAGACUUAUAUUACAACGUAGUCAACCGAUAUACUGUGGUAAUAGAAGAGGCUAUAGAUUCUGACAGCACCGAACGCCGACUGGUCUAUCAACAUAAAAUAGAACCAGGCGUCACAACAAUUGAACAUUACGGUCUAGCAUUAGCUGCUAAAACCAAUUUGCCCGAAGAUACCGUAAAUUUGGCAAGGGAACUGGCAGAAUUGAUUACAAGAAACCAAACGCCGAAAAGUUCUUUAACUAAAGAAAAAAAUGACGAUGAAAUUCUCUACAAACUGCAAGCAGACAUAAGACAACAAAGAAGAAAAGACCCAAACAACAAAAAUAAAGUACAAGAAAUUGUUUCUACAUUCAAAAAAAAUAACUCGGAGUUAAUUAAAAGAAUUCAGAUGCAAAAAAAUAAAAAUAAUAACUCAGUUAGUCCAAUACUGAAUAUAUCUUCGGAAAGUAGUAUGAAUAACGAACAAGCGAUCAUGGAAUUCUCAAAUAAGCAAGAACUGUACUCCUUUAAAGAUAUGAAGUCAUUGAGUAGAAAUGAGUCGAACGUUUCAGAGCUACAAAUCAAUAAAACUCCGAGUGAUUAUAAUGCUAAUGGUGCAAAUAGCCAUCAUAUAUCUGUUAAAUCGUCAACAGAAUUAUUACAUACUGUCUCAGAUAGUAAACUAAGUAAUAAUUUUCAAAAUGAACGUGUUUUUCAAGAUUUGUCUCAUACAAUAGACACUUCCACGGAAAUCCACAUUAAUUGUUCACCACAUGUUAACAGAUCAGACAUGAACGAUGAUUUUAAUGAGUCAGUUGUGAGUAAGACGAAUAUUAAUUCUAAAAACUCAAGUUGUGCAGAUUAUAAUCCUGGUGAAGAAAUGGAAAUUUGCGAUGAAAGAAUUUUAAAUGAUAAAUCAGAUCAGAGUACUGCUACAGCAAACGAUACCGAUGAAGCAGAUGCUCUCACACAAAUAAUUGGCGAUUAUGUUGGUUCUUCUAGCUCAAGUGAAAAUUUUGAUGCUGCUUCUACUGAUGAAGAACUGAUGCAAGAAACUAUCAAAGAAAUAAAUUCAAACGGAAAUGAUAAUUUGGAAACAAUAAUACUAACUCCUCCUACCGGCUUUCGAGAUGAAGAUUAUUAAAGCCAUCGCUUAUCUACUGUAUGGUAUUGAAAUAAACUAAAUUGAAGCAAUAUGUGUUUUCUUGAUUCAUUUUGUUUCCUUUUAGAAUAAUUUGUUGGGUC